AAUCUAGAAAGUGUAAUAUAAACGCAAGUCUCUCUCUAUAAAUAAACCCACCAAAUAUCUCCACUCCGCAUCUCUCUUUCUCACUUACCCAUUCAUACUGAAAGAGCCCUAAGACCGACGUCAAAAUGCAGGAGGAUCUGACGUCAGCAGCAGCGUAUUACCACCACCAAUCGAUGAUCAUGACGGCGAAGCAGCAGCAGCAGCCGGAGUUACCGGAGCAAGAGCAGCUAAACUGCCCGCGCUGUGCCUCACCCAACACCAAGUUCUGUUACUACAACAACUACAACCUCUCACAGCCACGUCACUUCUGCAAAAACUGCCGUCGUUACUGGACCAAAGGCGGUUCCCUCCGUAACAUCCCCGUCGGCGGCGGAACUCGCAAGAACAGCAGCAAACGAUCCUCUGUCGGAUCGUCUUCUUCGGCUCCGUCGAGCAGCAGUCCCAAGAGUAAAACGGUCGCUGUUUCCGACCAAGAGAGUAGAACCACGGGGAAUUCGGGUCAGGAAAUGGAUCCGACCCGGAUGUUAUACGGGUUACCGGUUGGAGAUCCGAGUGGUGGGAGGUUCAGUUCCCUGUUGGUUUCGAAUAUGCAGCAGAUUAGAGGGGUUAACUACGAGACCGGGUCGGGUUGGUAUCCGGGUAUGGAGUUGGGUUUGGGCUCGGGUAUUCGGAGGAAUGAUGACGCCGCGUUGACUGAUCUAGCUAUGAACAGAGUGGAGAAGAAUUGAAGAAUCUGGAGGGUAAUUUGGUAAAUUCCGUAUAGAUGUAUAUUUUAGUCGUGCCGUAGUCCAAUAUAAACGACAAAUGAUGUCGGUCCAUAUAAGUGAUACUAUUCUCACUUAUUUUCUUUAUUUUCCUGAUUGGCUUUUGGGUAGUGUUAUAUGAUUUCAUCUUUAAUGAAAUUAUAGAAUGCGACUGAUAAAUUGAUUUUACAUUUAUCUGAUUAGUCUGUCAUUGCUUAAUUAUCUAAUUUAUGGUAUCAACUACCAAUGUAUUUGCAAAAAACCGAACCUUAAUUUCGGUAUGCUAUUUAUAAUCUUUUUAAGUUGUAGUAGUCGGAACAAAUUUCUAAUAGUUUCAAUGUGUUUUUAAGAA